CAUCAACCAACAAUCAAGCAUGGCGGACAUGUGGGAAGAAGUGUCUGUUGUGAAGAAAGAAAACCGGCGAGAAUUAACUCUGCACGGAGCUGAAAUUAAUGAAAAGAUCAAAGCUAGCGGCUUAGAUCCGAACAUUUACAAGUUAACAAAUCUCAAUUUCUUGGCUAUCACGAACUCGUGUCUUACAUACGUUUCUGAUUCUGUCGUUGGCCUCGUCAAUUUGAGUUCCCUUGUGUUGCGCAACAAUCAGCUGAAAUCGUUACCAUGCGAAAUCGGUAAACUGAAAAAGUUGAAAAUGCUUGAUGUUUCAGUAAACAAGCUAGAAUCUUUUCCACAGGAAAUAUCUGAGCUGGUUGAACUUCAGUCGCUGAAUGCCAGCAUGAAUAAACUGUCAAGUUUUCCAGAUGUUUCGGGAAUGACAGCAUUGCACAUACUUAAUUUAUCGCAUAAUCAACUAGAAACUUUCCCAGAUGGUAUAACACAUGAUAAUUUAUGCCAUUUAGCUGAUGUCAACCUGUGCAACAAUGCCAUUGGAGAAAUUCCAGUUGACAUAUCAAAUUUGGUUCAUUUGACAACUCUGAAUUUAUCGGAAAAUACAAUUAAAAAUGUACCACUUGAGAUUAGUCAGUGUCCGAAGCUAAAAGAGUUGGUUCUUACUGGUAACAAACUGAGUGACCGCAGACUUGGAAAAAUGACCGAACAGUGUCCGACCAAGGUGGUGCUAGAAUAUUUGGCAAAUGCUUUGCAGAAGCAGAGUGGAGAGAAAAAGGGGAAAAAAGAUAAAGGAAAGAAAAAGAAAUCUGGGAAAAAGGCUGAUGAUGUUGAAGAAUUAGCCAAGAAUUUUUUCAGUAUUCUACAUUUUGAUGGCGAUGAUGGUUUGACCAUACAAGUCAAACAAGAAGUCCUGGCAAUUCGGCCAUAUUUUGUUAGCUGCAUUGUGAGAAACCUCAACUUUAACAAGUCUCUUAACAUGUUCAAAAGAUUCAUCAAUCUUCAGACGAAGCUUCAUGACACAGUUUGCCACAAGCGACAAGCUGCAACUAUUGCCACCCACGACCUGAAACUGAUUAAAUCUCCAAUGAUUUAUACAGCCCGUCCGCCAAAAGACAUCAAGAUUAUUCCUUUGUUCAAAACAAAAGAAUCCACAGCAAGGGAGUUGGUUGCUGUGCUGAGGAAAGAAGCAGAUGACCUGAGGAAGGAGAAGAAGAGGAACAAUGUGGGUGGUGUGCACAAAUAUCUUGACCUGCUCAAAGACAAGAUGUUUUAUCCCUGCCUGCUUGAUGGAGAGAAUCAAGUCAUUUCCUUUCCACCUAUCACGAAUAGUGAUAAAACAAAAAUCUCAAAAGACACCACUGAAAUUCUAGUUGAAGUGACAAGCUCCAGCAAUCUGGACGUAUGUAAGGCUGUCAUGGACGAGCUGUUGAAGGAAAUGCUCGAGAUGGGCGUGGGGGCUGCAGUAGAAGAUGCAGCGGCUGGCGACCACAGUGAGGCUGUGGGUGGGGCUACAGAAGACGAUGUCAGUUCUGCGGUGCCCGAGGCACUUACAGUGGAACAGGUUCGAGUGAUAGAUGAAGAGGGAGGCUUGAGAGUGGUGUACCCAUCGAGAGCCGAUUUGAAAGGGGACAGUUACGAAGUGAAGAGAGACUAGUGGAAACAUUCAGUUACCCUCCAACGUCUUUUGUGCUAAUGACUUCUUUUUAUAUGGCAUGUUGCUGACAGGUUGCUGACAGGUUGCAAUGUCACCAUGUUAAUUCGUUUUGUCUUCUUUCUUUUUUUUGUCAUUUCUUUACAAGAGAUUUGUGCAUUUUGAUUAUGCCCUUGGUGGGUUAUUAGUCAUGUACUAAUGUACAUUAUAAUAAUCAUGUGUUAAACACUUCAAAAGUUUAUAAAACAAAAACUUUACCUACCAGUUUAUUGUAAUUCUUCAAGCCACAUAAAAUAUGUCUGGAUUUCGGCUAUUUUUUUAAAAAGAAAAACAUUUAUGCUUUGAAUAUUUGGUAAAUAUUAAAAUGCAUGUAUCGCUUGCCCCUUUAAACUUGAAGUUCGUUAUUGAAAUCUAGCAAUUAAAUUUGCUUCCAAAAUAUCUCUUCCACUGGUUCUUAACAUUUUUGGCCCAGCGUCCCCAUUUCUUCCAUUUGCAUGGUGAGCCCUUCAUGCCAACAUUCUUUGCAGGCUAGUUGCCCCAAAAAUGUUCCCAUGCCCCUUCCAUUUCAUAACAACCAACAUAUGUAUGUGUUAAGUGUCCUCGUUUACACUGGACUGUUCGAAUAUUGAUUUUAUCCAAUCAGUUCCAAUUAAAUAGGUCUGUAAUCAA